UGAGUUUUAAUAAAUCAUAUUAAGUCGGAGUUGACAGGUCGUUGAGCGUUAAAUACUGCAGCGUCCGAUUUUUCUCUGCACGCCGAAUUUUGUAUUGACCGACUUUCAAGGUUUUAGUUUUAGCAGUAAUGUAUGGUUGAAUACGCUCAUGUAUCCAUCCUCAGCCAAUACAGUUGACUUAAACUAGCUGUUUCUCAUUCUGUAAUUUGUUUCUUCUAAGAUAAAUAUGGCAGAAGCGAUUCUAUUUAACUCUGCUACUGAAAUUUUGAAGAAGAUAGGUUCCCUUAUUGGUGGAGAAGUAUCGUUGUUGUGGGAUUUGAAAAGUAAUUUAAGAAGACUUGAGGGAACCAUGAGCACCCUCAAAGCCGUGCUGAUGGAUGCCGAGAGAAAGCAGACUCAGGAUCAUCAGCUGCGUGACUGGCUUGGGAAGCUUAGGGAUGUUUUUUAUGAUGCUGAGGACGUUUUAGAAGAAUUCGAAUUUCAAGCUUCCAGGAGGCAACAGGGGAGCUCAAUAUCAAAGGUACGUCAGUACUUUCCAUGUUCGAAUUCUGUUAAAAUUGGUCACAAGAUCAAGGACAUAAGAAAAAGGUUAGAUGAGAUCGCUGAUGAUAGGCUAAAAUUUCAUCUUGUUGAGAAUCAUGUAGACGUUAGGCAUGCAAUUCCAAAGGAGAGGGAGACAAAUUCCUUCUUCCAAGCCUCUGAUGUCAUCGGAAGAGAGGAGGAUAAAGAAAAUAUCAUAAGCUUUUUGAUACAGCCAACCCAUGUUAAUGUUUCUGUCCUUUCUAUUGUUGGAAUUGGGGGUUUGGGUAAAACUACGCUUUCUAAAAUGGUUUUCAAUGAUAAAAGGGUCAGGAGGCACUUUCAAUUGAGAAUGUGGGUAUGUGUUUCAGAUGAUUUUGAUGUUAACAGGUUAAUGAAAGAAAUCAUUUAUUCUGCAACACACGAUCGGGAUUGCACUAAUUUAAAAGACAGUGAAAUACCCAGGUGUUUGCAAGAAAUUUUGGGUGGUCGAAAGUUUUUGCUUGUUUUAGACGAUGUAUGGAAUGAGCAACCAAUGAAAUGGAUGGAUUUGAAAAACCUACUGUUGAAUGGUAUCAAUGGAAGUAAAAUUAUUGUGAGUACACGUAGUAAAAAAGUUGCUGAUAUAAUGGGCACGGUUCCCCCACUUUUCAUGCAAGGUCUUUCCUUUGAAGAUUCUUUAUCAUUGUUUAAAAAGUGUGCAUUUAAAGAUGGAGAAGGAAAAGAUUUUCCAAACCUCAAUAAAAUUGCAGAGGAAAUUGUGGAAAAAUGUAAAGGAGUUCCAUUAGCCAUGAGAACUUUAGGGGGCUUACUUUUUGCUAACACUGAUGAAAAAGAGUGGUUAAGAAUAAAAAAAAGUGACAUUUGGCAGCUCAAACAAGAGAAGGAAGACAUCUUACCAGUAUUAAAAUUGAGCUAUGAUUAUUUGCCGUCUCACUUGAAGCAAUGUUUCGCUUAUCUCUCCUUAUUUCCAAAAGAUUAUAUUUAUAAAAGUAUUGACGUGACCAGACAUUGGAUGGCACAUGGAUUUCUUUCAACCUCUAAUAAUGAAUUAGAAGAGUUAGAAGAUGUUGCUGAGAGAUGUAUGAAAGAUUUAUGGUUAAGAUGCUUCAUAGAGGAUUUUAAAGAAAUAAAUCAUUUCUAUUAUAAGUUCAAAAUGCAUGAUCUUAUGCAUGAUCUUGCAAUAUCAGUGGCAAAAAGUGAAUGUGCUAUAAUAUCCAGAAGCCAAAUGGUUGAUGAGAGCGUUCGGCAUUUUACAUUUAUUAACAUGGAUUCUGAACAUCAAGAACCUGAACACGUUCUAGUUAACAAAUCAAAGACGGUUAGAUCUGUUAUUGUUCAGAAAAAAUGCAAACAUAUUGGUGUAUCAUUUAUCAAUACAUGCAUACCCAAAUUCAGGCACCUUCGGCUGCUAUCCUUUGACAAUAUCAAUUGUGAAGUCUUGCCAAACUCAAUUGGUACAUUGAUACAUUUAAGAUAUCUUGAUUUAAGCGGUAACUCUUGGUUGAAGGAAUUCCCUGAAUCUAUUUGUCAGCUUUGGAAGUUGGAAACGUUUAUAUUUCGUGGUUGUUCUUGGCUUAAGAAGUUGCCUAAAAAAAUGCGAAAAAUGAUAUCUCUUAGACACGUGGAAAUAACCACGCAGGAGCAACAUCUAUUAGAAAAUGGAAUUGAGAGUUUGAGUUCUCUUCAAUAUUUGCUUUUCUAUAAAUGCGACAGUCUAGUAACAUUGCCUGAAGGAAUGAAAAGCCUCACAGGCCUCCGAACAUUGUUUAUUAAACUUUGUCCUCUGAUCACCUCGUUGCCAUGCGGUAUCAAAUACCUAAAGGGAUUACAGACGCUAGUGAUUUCAAGAUGCUCUAGACUUAAUUUGAAGAUGGAAUUUCAAGGAGAAAAUGAAAAUAAUUUUCGGUUGGGAGUUCAAACAUUUGUAAUCCAAGGUUUGCCAUCAUUAGUAGAUUUGCCUCGGCUUAUUCUUCAAGGAUCGGCAAACACUUUACAGUGCAUGAGGAUUGAAAGGUGUAUCAGUUUAGUAAAACUACCAGAGUGGCUGCAAAAUCUCACAUCACUUCAAACACUUGAGAUACUUGAUUGCCCCAAUUUGUCAUGUCUUCCAGAAGGGAUGCAACACCUUACAGUCCUCAGACAACUGAAGAUUCGAGGUUGUCCUGCUCUGAGUGAAAGUUGCAGACGUGAUAAGUCGAAGACUGCUCAUGUUACAGAGGUUCAUCUUGAUGAAUAGAUGUCAUCACAAAAUAAUGCUUUUUCUUCUUUUCUGGUGAAGCAAAUGUGGUAAGAGGUUCUCUGCAUUGUUGGCGUGUUAGACCUGCAUCAUAAUUCCUGCUGGUGUCUUGUAUCUUAAUUCCUGCUAGUUUCCAGUAUCUAGGUUCAGAUGACUCCACUUGUUUUCUAUUCCUGUUUGUUGGCGUGUUACGCAUAUUUUACUUUUCCCUAUUACUAUGAUAUAUUUACUGUGUGCUAAGUUUCAAUACAUCCUCUUACUUUUUCCUUUUUUUUUUUUAAAUUAAAUUUUCUUCCUGUCAUCCAGACAAUUCAACUUCCAAUUUAUACAUGUUACUGAUUCAAAGAUGUGUAUGAUAUUCAAAACAAAAUGCACUGCAUGCAUUGUGUAUGUAAAGGGGAGUAGGCAAAACAAGAACUUAACCGAAAUCAUGUGUUCAUUGUAAGGAUACUGCAGAUUUGAAAGAUGAAUUUUCAAAAAGGUUUGUGAUGGUAGCAGAAGGAUUGGAUUACUUUGUUGUGGUAUGGACAUUUCCUCUUGUUCGUCUAGUCCAAUAGGUUAGUUAGGACUUGUGAGUGGAGGGGCUUGCAGUAGUAUGGAUAUGACUUGUCCUAAAAAUGCAACUAACGAGUACGUGUCAAGUAUCCAUCAACAGAGGUUUGCUUAAAAAAUUUGUAUUAAAAUGUAUAUAAAGAGAGAGUGUGUUCAAAAAUAGAGUAAGCUAUAGACUCUUCUCCUUCUAGUAAUCUUCUUCUUUUAUAAUAAAAUUUUGUCCUGUCCGUGAUUUUUCCUGUAUUGGGUUUCUCAUGUAAAUCUUGUAUUCUUGUUUUGGAUUUCAUUGUUGUUUGUUUCUAGGUUUGCUAAUCAACCAAUCCUGAAUUUCCGCAAACUUUUUACCUUAAAUUAGAUAUGAUUAGGAUUACAUUUACUAAGAAGCUAGUAGAAGGACACACAAAUUUUGCGUGGACUGAAGAGAGGAUCCCUCUCUUCCUCGGUGCCCUGGAAUUUGUUGAUGCAGAGUUAAGUACUCAUUGCUUCAUGAAUGGUUGAUGCCAAGAAAAACUUCUCAGUUGUUUAAAGUUUCAUUGAACGUAGAAGUCUGAUUUGAUUAAGUAGGAAGGCAUUGGAUUUCAAAUACAUGUCUUUAUGCAGAAAGAAAGAACUCAGUUUUUUGUACAUAUGUCAUCAACUACCGAAUUAUACACAUACUGCAUUACUUUGACAAGAAAUGCAAUACUUUUCAGAAACCCACUAGUAUAAUUCGAAAAAACCAGGUUUAAAAUGUUGCACUUUUCACAAUCCAACUAAUGCAGUACUCUUCAGAGCCCCACUAGCGUAUUUUAACAGCACAAUGCUUAGUUAUAUAGAGCCCAUUGUUUAUUUAAAGAUUUUCAGAUCUCCAUGAUGGAAGAGUAAAAGCAAUGGAGCUUCGUUGAGCGCAUUCUGUGUUAGAAUUGAAUGGGCAUUACAGCUCAAGGGUGUGGCGUAUCAGUAUAUGUAAGACUUGAGAAAGAAGAAUAGCCUGCUUCUGCAAUCUAAUCCUGUUCACAAGAAACUACCUGUGCUUCUACACAAUAGGAAACCAGUCUUUUGGUCUUAAUCAUCCUUGAGAGCAUAUAGGAGACACGAAAACACAACCCUUUAUUGCCUGCAUAUCCAUCGAGAGAGCCAUGGCGCACUUCUUGCAAAAUUUGUUGAUGACGAGGUACUUAAAGAGUUAAAAUUACAUUGGCAUAAACAAAACUGUACAUGUUGCUUGUAAUCUAUAGGAAUAUUUGUUAUUGGAACAGAGCUCUCUGCUUACAGGAGUCAUACUUGACUACUUAUUUAUUGUCAGGUGUGCAAUAUGUGCUCAGUGUUUGGGCUGCUUAUUGUGCCUUAGGACUGAAAAAUUUAGAGCCUGCACGAGGAAAACUGAGAGUUCUAACUGUGUCGUAUUUUUCAUUUUAGGUGAUUAAGUCAUGGAGUUCAGAGUAUAUAUACAUAAGAUUAAGCGGAUUUGAAUGACGUUGUUACUACAAUAAAUAAUGUUAUGAGAUAUCUCCCAA